GGCAACCACAGACUGGGCCAACCAGUGCAGCACAUUUUUUCCACCUGAGGCUUUUCUCAUAGCACACGAGACUUCCCUGUAACUCCAACUCAAAUAUGCUACAGAAGGAAAACUUUAGCAACAACUCUGGAUCUGCUUUGGGGAUGCUAAUUAGCUAGCAACUGGAUACACAGCUGUUGGAUUACUACCAUAACUGAGCGGUUUGUUCUGAUUUGUUUUGAAGACAGGUGAACUCUGUCUCUCCCGGGCAGAUUACAGCAAGAUAUGACACGAAAACAGCCUUUGAACAGCUUAGCUCACAACAUUAUGGGAAUUUCUCCAGUGGCAAUGCGCUAUGCUAAUGUGUAAUCAUGACUUUGGUAGGUGUGAAGCUAGCUAUACAACUAGAUACCCUGAUAAUGCUGUUGUUCAUGCACUCAUCUGGAAAAGGUAAGGAGAGACUUUCCCCAUACAAAAGCCUUUUGUUCCAAUAGUGGAAUAGGAGCAGCUUGGAUGACUGCAAGUGGAGUGAGGAACCUUUUGUGACAUUUUAAUGGUCUUUUUACUGAAAUGACUUUGAGUUUGGGUUGGUGCUACGUCGAGUGUAAACAUGGAGAAUGAUCCAAGUUCUUUACGUAACGUUUUCAGCAGUUUGUUCAAAGACAGAACUACCUCUUCGGAUACAGGUUCUGCUAUUCUGACAUCUUUUAAGGAUUUAAAAGACAAAUCUUCUGCUCCAUCUGAAGAAACCCAAAGAACUUCUACUAAUAACAAUAAAGAUGAGACUCCCCGGGAAGAUACAUUUGCCUCUUGUCAACCACAACAAAAGCCUAUAACUGCAGAUACAAAGAGGGAUGGAGUUUCAACUGACCCAGAUUUGGUCCAAGUCACUAGAGUAGACACCUAUAGUGACAAUGAGGAUGGAGAGACGUCGUUUAGCAACAAUGAUGUUUCCAAAAAAGAAACCAAAACUCUUGACAAAGUUACUGGGGAAAAUUCUUCAAACAUCCCUGUAUUCAGAACACACAUGUUUAAGGAAAGAUCACGUAUAGAGUCUAUUUUAUACUCUAGCAAAUCAUUCGGCAAGACUAACUCAGCAUCUCUUUAUCUGUCAAAAGGUAAAAAUGACACAAGUCCCAAAGAGAACACUAAAAAUCUAGCCAAAGAUGCAGAGACUGACAAGAAAAGUAGUUCUAAUGUUAAUUUAGAAGAUGAUGAGUAUCAUUGUAUUGACUGCUCGACGCCUGAUCCAACUGUCAAAGCAGCAGAGCCCAGUGCAGCUAAAGAAGCUGAGAAGUCCAAUCAAGAGCCUAAAUCUAGCCCACUGUCUGUGAAAAGCCUUUUAAAUCUAUCACCAUCAAAAUCACAGGCUCAGAAAGACACUACAAGAACUGAUUCAAAGUCUAUAACUUCAUCAGUUACUGCAACAACAUUAUCAACUCCUAAUACAUCUCCAUCAAAAAGUGCUGCAAGAACUGAUUCAACAUCUAUAACUUCACCAGCUACUGCAACAACAUUAUCAACUCCCAAUACAUCUCCAUCCAAAAGCGCAGCGUUCUCCUCUGCUAGCCCUUCUUUUCAGAUGCCUGCUCUGUUCAGUGGGUUGAGGGUCCUAAAAAAGGGCGCACAAGGUGAAGACAGGGAAACGCUUUCAGAGAUCAAGCAGAGUGAGAAGGAUGCAGACUUGGCACUUCUUAGCCUGAAGAAGACUGUUAACAAAACCAAGUUGUUUCCCGAGCAGAAAGUAACAACCACUCCAGUUAAAAAGCAGGCUGAACCAAAGCCAGUGUCUGAUACUAAAAGCUCAGUAAUGGGACAGCUAAGUCAUCUACGGAAUUUUGAUAGCCCAAGUAAGAAGUCAGAGCAAAGCCAAAUGGUGGAAAGUGACACUAAAGGAGGUGAGGAGCACAAAGUGCCUGAAAGCAACACGGCAUUAACAGAAAGAAAGACGACCACAGACUUGGCCUAUGAAACAUUUAAGAAUAUAUUUGGGCCCAAAGCCAUAACUAAGGACAAGACAGAAGAUGUGGACUUGGAGGCCAUAAAAAAGAAAAUAAAAAAUGAUAAGGAGAAUCUGAAGCAGAUUUUUGAGAGAACGUCCAAAUCUCCAGUGAAGGAUGUCAAAAGUCCCAUAGCGGCGAAUGUGGCCGAGGUGACAUCACCUACCGACAGUGAGGACCGAACACCAGGGCGUCUCCAGGCCGUGUGGCCCCCUCCCAAACCUAAAGAUGAAGAGGAGAAGGUGGGGCUCAAAUACACUGAAGCAGAGCACCAGGCUGCUCUCUUUCAGCUCAAGAGGCAGUGCAAGGAAGACUUGGAGAAGAUGCACGCAGACUUUGAGCUGAAGAUCUUUCAGUUACGAGGAGAACAUGCAGUGUCCAUAUCCCAGCUGGAGAGGCAGAUCAGCCAGCUGCAGAGUGACAAGCCACAUUUGGUGGGUCAGGAGCGCUGUGCUGUUCGUGACAUCGGAGUGUCGACUACUGACGACACCAUUAUAAAAACCUCUCGCACUGUGGCCAUCCAGACAGACAGGGAGAGUUUUAUCAAGAGCCCCGAUGGAGAGGGUGGGACUAUUGCUCUGAGUCCCAACCAGAACACACCUAAGAGACUAGAAAUUGGCCUCAAUUUGGAAGGACAGGCUGAUAAAGGCUCUGCACCCCCACCUCCCCCUCCUCCACCUCUACCUGGGAACAUGGGUGCUCCUCCCCCUCCACCACCUCCUCCUCCCCCUCCACUUCCUCCUGGUUUGCUUGGGGCAGGACCCCCUCCUCCCCCUCCACUCCCACCUGGUCUACCUGGUGCAGGACCCCCUCCUCCCCCUCCACUCCCACCUGGUCUACCUGGUUCUAUCCCACCUCCGCCUCCCCUGCCUCCUGGAUCAGGCCCGCCACCUCCUCCACCACCUCCAGGUGUUGCCCCUCCCCCUCCACCAAUGGGUGGCUUCUUCCAGAAAGUUCAACAAGCCCCAAGGAAGCCUGCCAUAGAGCCAGCAUGUCCUAUGAAGCCACUAUAUUGGAACAGGAUUCAGAUACAAGAUAGCAACAACAACACAUUAUGGGGUUCCCUGUCGGAGCCAGAUAUAUCCAACCCCAAAGAAUUUGAGGACCUGUUCUCCAAAGCCACUUUACAACCAAAGAAAAAGCCACUGGCCGACACCUAUGAGAAGAAAGCUAAAACUAAGAAGAUCGUGAAGUUGUUGGAUGGGAAGCGCUCGCAGGCUGUUGGCAUCCUCAUCUCCAGUCUGCAUCUGGACAUGAAAGACAUUCAACAAGCUCUUCUGAACAUGGACAACACUGUGGUGGACUUGGAGAGCAUCGAGGCGCUGUAUGAAAAUAGGGGCACGAGUGAUGAGUUGGAGAUAAUAAAGAAACAUUAUGAGAGUUCCAAAGGGGACGACAGCAAAGUGCUGGACAAACCUGAACAGUUCCUCUAUGAGCUCUCCCAGAUUCCAGACUUCACAGGCCGCGCUCACUGCAUCAUCUUUCAGUCCACCUUCUUUGACACCAUCUCCUCCAUCCGUCGCAAGGUGGAGAUUGUCUCCAAUGUUUGCAAAGAGCUGCUGGAGGGAACCUCUUUGCGGGAUGUCUUGGGUCUUGUUUUGGCCUUUGGGAACUACAUGAACGGGGGCAACAGGACAAGAGGCCAGGCUGAUGGCUUUGGACUGGAGAUCCUCCCUAAACUCAAAGAUGUUAAGAGCAGGGACAAUCGAAUGAACCUUGUAGAUUAUGUGGUUUUGUACUACCUUCGUAACUUUGACAAGCAUGCAGGCACAGAUAAGAGUGUGUUCCCUCUCCCAGAGCCUCAGGACUUCUUCCAGGCUGCUCAGGUGAAGUUCGAUGACCUCACCAAAGAUGUGCAGAAGCUCAAGAAGGGUCUGACUGGCUGUGAGAAGAAUGUGGAAAAAGUUUGUUGCAACUCUUCAGAGGAGCAUAUCCAGCCCUUUAAAUCCAAGAUGGAGGGCUUCAUUAGUGCUGCUCAGAAGGAACAUUUGACCGAGGCGGACCGGCUCAAUGCUGCAGAGAAAACGUUCCAGGACAUGGUGAACUAUUUCGGGUUGAAGGCCAAACCAGGAGAGAAGGAGGUGACCCCCAACUACGUCUUCAUGCUAUGGUUUGAAUUCUGCAAUGACUUUAAGAACAUAUGGAAGAAACAGAGCAAGAACAUCUCCAAGGAGAAGUUAAAGGAAGCUCAAGAAAACAUUAAGAAGAUCACGGCAGAUAAACAUGUUGAAACCAAAAAGGUCAAUGCCAACAGCCUGAAAGAGCGGCUGCGUCAGAAGGAGGCCAGCGCGUCAUCCAGCUGAGUUCAGUGUUGGGACUAAAUUAUUUCACAUCACAUAGUUUACAGUUACUACCUGCCUCAAACAACAGACUCUGGAAUAGAAAAACACACCUACUGCCCUUUCUGCCUCACUACAGCAAUGGACAUGGACAUCAUUUUGAUACAUGCAUCAAUGCUAGAUAAAAGGGCUGCUAAGUGGAAUAACGCAUGUCUGACGUUGCUCCACUUAAGAAAGUCUUAAAAGUCAAAGGUCAACCCUCAUUCCUCCACCUCGCUGUGACCUCAGAGUGGCCAGCUUUUGAACAGUCACCAGGGAUCAGCAGGACCAUAACAGAGUCAAUGGACCUAUCCACUAUUACUACUGUAGACCAUAUUCUGAAUGCACUUGCUUGUGUGUGAAAAGAUAUGGCUUCAUAGACAGUUUCCAGUCUUGUAAGUAUGCCAUGUUGUAGAAUAUGUUGAGACUGUUCAGAUGAUGACAUAGAAUAGCCAUUUGAAGCACUAUGUGUCUGCUUCCAAAUCUACUUAAUCUUGUCCUCCAAAACAAGAAUGACUUCGUCCCUGUGUUGUUGUCUAACACAGUUGCACUUUUUUGCUUGCAGUAGCUGUGUUCACUAAAACUCACUGUAAUGCCACCUUUGUGCAUUCAUUUAUAUUGGCACUGUUGGCACCUCAUUUUCUAUGCAAGAGCCUACUUUUGUUGAUUAUGCUUCCAGAAGCUCAUAGAAGGUUUUAUUUUUGUGUAUUUUAUUUGAACAAAUAUAAAAUAACAAUGCCUGAAUCUAUUAUUUGUACAGAAAGAUUUUAUUUUUUGCCUGAGAAUGUCAACCACCAUAUGUUCCAUAUUUUUAUGGGAUGGAUAAUGUUGAUGCUGCCAAUGACGCGAAGCAUAUGAAAGAUAUAUUUUUAUUCACAUAUACGUGGCUAUUGUAUUUUUUAAUGGCCUGGGGCUAUUUAUUUUUUGAGAAAAAUACGUUUUUGCCAAUUUACAUAUGGAAAAAGCUGGGUUUUAGUUUGCUUUAUAAUAGUAUGUGCACAUUAAGACAGAUUCUUUUACCAAUUGUACAGUAGCAUAUUCAUUUUUAAUCAAUUCAACUAUUAAAAUAAAUAACAACUAAUUCAUUACAAAGAUGCAGGGUGAUGUUGUAACAGUAAUGACCUUGUUGUCUGGGAAACCUGUAGUCACUCAAAUGGGUGCUCUGUACUUUUAUGGAAUUGUUUUAAAUUUCAACAAUAAAUUACUGGACAUG